AUGAGAUCGAGUUAUGGGGCGCCCCGCAGCUCUUUGCGGAGUCGCGGGUCGUCUUCUACAACCGCCAGCGACCCUCGAGAAAAAGUCAAGGAUUGUUGCAGAAAAUUAAUUGCGUUCAUGUGUACACAGGUCGGUGUCGGUGGCCUGAUUGUGGGAUAUGCAAUUGUCGGCGCUUUCGGGUUCAUGUACAUCGAGACCCAGUACGAUAGUCCUCAACUUAAAACAGUGGCGGAAUUGCGGUCAAGAUGCGCCUCUGACUUGUGGGCAGUUACAGUUAAGGAGAAUGCAUUUAAUAAGUCUGCUUGGAACGAGGGGGCAAAUGCAGUUCUCAAAGACUUUCAGAAUGGUCUGACUGCAGCAAUUCAGCGCGGCUAUGAUGGACGCACCGCGGAAGAGACUUGGUCUUUUCCUGCUGCACUAAUGUUCUGCUUGUCAAUCUUCACCAUGAUCGGAUACGGUAAUAUGCUGCCCCGUACCCCAUGGGGUAAAGGAAUCACUGUCAUGUACGCCGGCCUUGGAAUUCCUCUCUACAUAUUAUACUUUCUGAAUAUGGGAAAGGUACUUGCACAGACGUUCCGUUGGCUAUAUACCUGGCUUCAUGAGUGCAGCGUGGAACAUGACUCAGAAGCGAGUAUGGAGGAAGGCGACGAUUUACCAGCCAGGAAGAUUAUUGUGCCAUCUACUGCCUGUUUAUGGGUGAUCAGCUUCUACGUUUUGACAGGAACAGUCAUGUUCGCAGAGUGGGAAAACUGGAACUACUUGGAUUCUACGUACUUCUGCGUGACGAGUCUAUGCAAGAUAGGUAUUGGUGAUUUCGUGCCCGGUGCUAAUAUAAUGGAAUCCCGAGAUGGCAGCCAAACAAAACUUGUAAUCAAUUUUAUUUAUUUACUGCUUGGGAUGGGUUUGGUGGCGAUGUGCUACAAUUUGAUGAGGGAAGAAGUACGAGUGAAGAUGCGUGAGUUGCGUGAAGAUAUGCGCCAGUGUUUAGAAGAUAUACGGCUAAAGUUUGUUAGAUGCUGCUAAUAUUUUUUCAAUGUUGGAUAUUAAUAGUUAUUAAGUA